UGGGUAUAACUUUGGGAAACCCAGGAAGAGGCAGCAAAGCAGAGUUGAUUUCUUCGAACUUCUUUUCUUCAGCGCAUUCUUCUAAAAGUAUUCAACUGGAAGAAGAGGUAUCAUUUUUUUACUUGGUGUCCUGACAAAAUAGUCAUUUUGCAUCUUUUUCUGAUCUGCAGUGAUUGCUUUUCUUGAUUACACUGAUUACCACUAAAGAAUAAGAACCCAAAUAUCUGAAAUCCCCCCAAACUUAGCUGACUUUCAGGCUUGUAUAGGAGCUUUAAACUGGACUGGAACACCACAUGUAAACACACUCGAACACCUGUUGCAGAGGAUUCCCCUGGGAGUGUUGUCAUGGACCUUUGCUGUUCUGUUGCCUGAGGGAAUCUGCGUGUCUGUUAUCUGCUAACUAGCCUUCAGCAAGUGUGGAAUAGAAGUGUGCCUGCCUGUUAAGUGUAGAGGAGGAAGAUGUCAUCCUAUUACCCUCGCACCAAAGACCUGACCCGCACCAGGAAAUCGGUGACAGAUUCACCGCCGUCCUCUCCAUCCUAUGCUGACAAAAACUACAGACAUGAAAGACUGUCGAGAUAUGACUCCACUGGAGAAAGCGCCACAGACAAACCUCUGGGCCGCACCAGCUCUUACACAAGGAGGGAGGCGAGGCUGGCAUCUCUGAAUAAACAGGAGCAAGACACCACUGCUAAAGACUAUAAGAAGAUGUAUACAGAAGCUUUGCAAGAGAAUGAAAGGCUCAAGUCCAGACUGCAGGACAGCAAACAAGAGUUAGUGAAGAUUCGUUCCCAGCUGGAGAAAGUUGCUCAGAGACAGGACAGAAUGUCAGAGCGAUCUACAGUUCUUGAAACAGAGAAAAGGGAAAAACAAGUUCUGGAGAAAAGAGUCACAGACAUGGAGGAGGAAAUAAAGGCUUUCCCAGCCCUGGCCCAGGUCCAGGCUUUGCGGAGAGUGAACGAGUGUCUCCUGGCCGAGAACAGAGCCAUGCUGCGCGUCCUCACCCGCCUCUCUGAGACGGCCUCCAUGCCAGAGACAGAGGACCUCUGAUCCUCAGGAUCAUCUGGCCUAAUUUUCUCCCUGCUGUCCCCUUUCUCGGCCAUUUAACUUUUACACUUCUCUUUCUUCUGGAGCUUUUACAGCUUCAACCCCUUCUCCUCUGCUGUCCUCAGGUCUUAACAGAACUCAAGUCAGACAACCAGAGGCUGAAGGAUGAAAACGGAGCUCUCAUUCGAGUCAUCAGCAAGCUGUCCAAGUAGAAAGAUGUCUGAAGCUUUUGUUCUGGUGCUCCAACUUUGAUCCAGCAGUUUAAUUAUUCACAAAGCUCCAUGUUUUACAUUUAUGAGAUACUGAUGGGCCUCCUUUGAAGCUUAUAUAGAAAUAGAUGUUGAGCACUGUUACUGCAGUUUUCUCACCUAAUAAUUAUUUCUUUAGAGUAUUUUUUCACAUCCACAAAAACGGGACCAGUUGUGCUAUGCGGACUGCAGUCUCAUUGAAAAAGUAUGAAUACCCUUGAACUUUCCCCCUUUUCAGGCUGUUACAACUAUAACCUUUGCUGCAUUUUUUGGGGAUGUUAUUUAAUAGACCAAUAGAAAGUGGUGCAGAACUAUAAAAUUAUUUCAUUGCAGCUUUGGCUGUAUGUUUAGAAUUUUCCUGCUGGAAGGUGAACCUCCACCCCAGACCCAAGUCUUUUGAAGGCACAGUUUUUUUAUUUUUUCAGAAUAGCCCUGUAUUUAGUUCCUUACAUCUUCCCAUCAAAUCUGACCAGCUUCCCUUUACAUGCUGGAAAAAAGCAUCCCCACAGCAUGAUGUUGCCACCAUUUUGAUUCACAGUAGGGCUGUUGUGUUCAGGGGGAUGUGCUGUGUUAGUUUCCCUCUAUGCAAAGAGUUUUGCAUGUAGGUAAGUAUUAACAUUUUUUGUCUUCUUUGACCUGAUUUUCUUCUUUUACUGCUGUGUAUGGGAAUUCUCAUGGCUUCCUUUUACUAGUUGCCUUCUUCUUGUUACUUUAUUCUGAAAGACCAGGUUUGUACAGCCUAUGACUAAAAGUCAUUCUGUCAACACCUGAGCUGUGUAUCUCUGCAGCUCCUCCAGUGUCACAUGUGGCUCUAGGGUGCUCUCUUUAUUAAUACUCUCUUUGACCAGCCUAUAAGUCUUUGUAGAUUUACAGUUGUGCCACAAUUUUUCAUUUCUGGAUACUUUAUGAGUUGUUUACAGCUUGGAAUGUUUUAUAAUCUAAUCCUGCUUUAAGCAUAUGGACAACUUUAUCCCUGACCUGGCCGGUGUAUUCCUUGGUCUACGUAAUGCUGUGUGUUCACGGAUGUUCUCAAACAAACCUUCACAGAUCGAUGUUAUUUAUAGUAACUUUACUAGAUUUUCUACAGCUUUACUAAUAUUAUUAAUCAGAGAGUUUCUGAAGCACUCAGUUGUACUGUUUUUAGGGGUAUGAUGUUGAAAAGAGCUGAAUGCAUAUUUUCAUCAUACUUUUUAGAUUUUUAUUAGUAAAAAAAUGAAAAGCAAUUUAAAAGCAUGAUUCAUUUUCUCACCACUUCAUAAAUAUUAGGUAUUUUAAACAAUCCCAAUAAAAUACAUUGAAGUUUGUGGUUGUCAUGUGACAAAAUGUUAAAAGUUCAACGAGUAUUCAAUGAGUUCAAUAAGUAUUUAUUUUUUGAAUAACACUGUGUGUUCAAGGUCCAAUUAAGCAAAAGUGGGGUUUGCACAAUUAUACCUUACCAGAAAAUAUAUCAUAUGACACUGAUGCUUCACGUUUGUUGAUACACUUUGCAGUGCAUGAUUUUGAUAAUACUUUUAUAGUCCAUGAGAGUUGGUCAUUUUACUGGAAUACAUUUUUUACAAUUUUCUCCCAUAUUAUGUUCCCAUUGCAACAUCUGUUCUCAUAAGAGUAAAACCUAAAAAGACAAAUCUUUUGGGUUAGGUUUGGGUUGACUGACAACUUUCUCAGAUGUGUUACUCAGCUGAAGCACGGUUCAGUGUCUCGCAAAUAUGGAAUUUAUAUCUUCAGGACACAUAAAUAUCCUAUGAGUCAUCAAAAUAUUUUCUUCACACCAGAAGCACUGAGUAAAAAGGGCACAUGCACCCAGAUGAUUUUGUUUAUUGCUACAUACACCCCUUAAUAAAACACUUUUUCUUGACCCAUUUCAUAUUGAAAGUACUAAAGACUGAGGAGGCAUUUCUGUAAAUAAAGAAAAGAGCCAGAUUUAUAUUUAUUUAUUUAUAUAACAAACAGAUUGCAUUUUAACACACUGUUCACAUUUUUUGGGUUUGGUUUAUUUUAUCUGUUUUUUUAGUUUGAUCUAAUGGCUGUCCUUAUCUAGAGUAAUGAAAAUGCUAAUUCUAAAACCUAAACAGUGCUCCUUGCCUGAUAAAACACUUCUGUAUUGACAAAACCGAUAUUUGUUUUUUUAUGCUACAGCUUCAUCCCAAUUUUAAAGGGUUAUUUCAUUUUUGGGGAGAAUGACAUGUUUUAUAUGAAAUGUAAGUUGUCAGAUUGUUUAAAGUAGUGGUUUCAAGUUUACUAGACAAACUCACAACAUUUAGACUCAGAGAAUAUAUUGGAUUGCUAUAUAACUGACCCUCACAGGAAAUAAAAACCUUGUAAAGCUC